AUGUGGAAUAUUUCUGAUCUUGAAAGCGAAAAUGUAUUACAAUUUUUAAAAGAUUAUGAAGAAAAUCGUUACAUGGAAAGUAUUGUACAAUCUGAGAGCGAACAAAUGUGUUAUAGUUAUGAUGAUAAGGGAAAACAAAGUCACAUAAGAAAUGGUGACAUAGUUCUAGCUUCAAACGCAACAAAUUUAGAUAAAUUUACAUUCUCAAAUGCAAUGGCUCAAUCAGUAAAAUUAGGUAUAUGGGAAGCAUCUUUAGAUAAUUAUGUACGUUCUAUAGAAUUCGUUACUGAAGACUUAAAAGCUGGUAGAAAUUCAGAUUUGUUAGACACGCCUGAUUUCUAUUGGGAAAGAGAUGAUCUAGAACGUCUUUACCAAGAGAUUUGUUCAUAUUUUAAUAUUGCAAAACGUACAAGAGUUAUAAAUGAGAAAUUAAAUCAUUGUGUAGAACUUGUGAGUAUUUUAUCGGCACACUUAAGUGAUCGCCAUCAUAUUCGAUUAGAAUGGAUGAUUAUUAUUCUUAUUAUGGUUGAAGUUGUUUUUGAAACAUUACAUUACAUGGAUCGAUAUUUUUCAUAG